AUGCUGGGAUUACUUUUUAGCAAGGAACAAACAAAAAGCGCCAAAUAUUACGUUGUCGUUAUGCGAAAUGAAUGCAGCGAUAUGUUCCUAAAUCAUGGAACACGACUUCACGAGUUGCUCGUUCGGAUGAGGAAAACUGGUCUUCAGCGAGCUUUUCAUCAGCUGAUCAAAAUAUGAGCUCUCUCCGAACGGCUUUUAACUAUGAUUAGCUCGAUAUUUGCGGAAGGGGAUAGCGGUCACCACAUUCCGGAUUUGGGUCGUUGUUUUCAGUUUGUUUCAACGCAGCGUGUUUGCAUAUGUAUGUUCAAGAGUGCUGUAUUUGCAUAUCGAGGUAUGCAAAAGGAGCGCAUAUGGAAGUGCCUGGUGCAGGAGCAAAACUUUGAUAACGAAAUCCUCUAUAACCUUUUAUUAUUGUGGGACAAAAGCAUCCUUAGCAGCGAAAGUGUUAUUGAAGCAUAUCGUCGAUCUCUGAAAGAACUGAACAUUUCAAGCGAUUCUGUGAUGUCGGUAGGCUUUUCCAUCUGUGAUUAG